AUGGGAAUAUUUCGAACGAUUUCGAUUUAUUAUAAAACAGCUAAUUUCACAGCUAUUAUAACGCAUAACACUCGCGGUUACCUGCUUCACUACAAUAUAAAUGUUUGGCAUGCAUUUAGUAUGAUUAAUGAAACUGUUGGCAUCUGUAAAAGUGAUACGUGUGAAUCGGAGCAUCACGAGGUGCAGCAACAAAAGUCAAAUAAUUAUCAAAAAGUUACUCUGGAAAUGGCAUGUACGGUUUGUGAGAUCUAUCUAAAGAACUAUUUGGCAAUGAUUUCUCAAAUAUCUGGACAUCGUGACGUACACUACAAUAAAACCAUUAAUAAUGUUCGCGAAGCGUGCGUUUUUGACAUUCAAACAACGGGUGUAUUAGAGGCGGCUGCUAGUGGCAUGGAAGUGCUAAUGGUAGAGAAGCUUACAAAUGAAACCAAAGACCUUAAGUCGAUUCAGAUUAACUUUGAAGAAAAUUGGAUAAUAGCAGUAGAUAAACUGAGUGAAGCCAUUAUUCAAUCAGAAAUCGAGAUUAAAGAACUGCUCGAUCAAAGCACAACAAUAACUGAUGUAAUGACUCCAAUGAAUAACAGUAGCGGGACGGCUCUGAACACAGGUGUAUUUUCAAUUACCGAUACAGCUACAAACACAAGCGUGACGAGUUGUGUUACCAGUGUGACUUCAACAUUUUCACCGAACCUUUCAACUGUAACGUCAAAAGCCAUUAACAAAGUUUCACAUCUAUUUUCAGCGAUGUUUCCAGUUGGUGUUUGCUUCAUGAGGACACGAUUUGGUCCCUGUUUCUGCAAUCGUCAAAAGGCAACAGGAUAG